AGAAUUAUAACGAAGAAAGAGAUAUAUCUUUAAAUGAAUAUAUUGAAAAAAAUAUAAAGAUUGAUGAACAACAUGACAUUAAUGAAGAUAAAGAAAAGGAGAAUACAACAGAGAAUGAAAAACAAGUGAAGGACGAUUACAAGAAUAAACAACUUAUGGAGAUUGAUAAUGAAGAAAAAAGUAUUGAGAAUGAUGUUCCUGCUAUAACAGAAAAUGAAAAUCAUUAUAAUGCUCAAGUUGAGGAUAAACUUCUUGAAAACACAAACCUAAAAGUGAGGGACARCGGCGAAAAUUACGAGAAGCCUGUGGAUCACAAUGCAGAUGUAAAGAUUAAUGAGAUUGGUGAUUCAAUGCCAAAAGACAAUGGACAAAAAAGUGAAUAUAAUGCAAAAAAAAGAAUUGAUGAUAAUAUUAAAAUCAUAGUAGAUGAUCAAAAUGGAAAAAAUGUAGAAAUUAAGGCAGAUAUCGAAGAGAAUGACGAUGAAAAAAAAAAGAAAUCUUUGAAUGAAGAUUUUGAAAAAAUUUCAAAGGUAGAUGAACAAAAUAACAUGGAUGAUAAUGAAGUAAAAAAGAAUACAGCGGAGAAAGACAAAAGAGAGGAUAAUCRAGAUAAUAAUAAACUUUUGGAGAUUGAUAAUGUUUCUUAUAUAGAGAACCACAUGGAAAAUGAUAAUCCUAAGAGAACGGGGGAUAAAAAUGAUGAUAAUAUCCAAGUUGUGAAAGAAACUCAGGAAAAUGAUAAUGGUGAAAAAAAUAAAAUUAUUGAAGAUGAAGAAGAGCUGUCGGAUAAUGAUGCUGAUAGACUAGAAAUAAAUCUGGCUGAAGAUGAUGACAAUUCAGAGGAAYAUGUUGAAGAUAAGAAUAAUGAAAUUGAAAAUGAAGAAAAGCUUGCGGAUCAGAAUGCUGAUAAACAAGAAAUAAAUUUGAUUGAAAAUAAUGAAAAUUUAGAAGAACACAUUAAAAAGAAGAGAAAACAAGAAAAUGAAAAAAAGUCUGCAGGUGAAACCGAUGAUCAAGAGAAAGAUUUGUUUGAAAAUGAUGACAAUACGGAAAAGUACAUACAUAAGAAAAUAAAAAUAAAUUAA